UGUCCCCUCAUUACUCUUGGUGUCCCCUCAUCACCCUCUGGUGUCCCCUUAAUACUCUCUGGUGUCCCCUCACUGCCCUCUGAUGUCCCAUUACUCUCUGGUGUCCCCUCAUCGCCCUCUGGCGUCCCCUCAUCACUCUCUGGUGUCACCUCAUCACCCUCUGGUGUCCCCUCAAUACUCUCUGGUGUCCCCUCAAUACUCUGUGGUGUUCCUUCCUUGCCCUCUGGUGUCCCCUCAUUACUCUCUGGUGUCCAUUCACCACCCUCUGGUGUCCCCUCACUGCCCUCUGGUGUCCCCUCAAUACUCUGUGGUGUCCCCUCACUGCCCUCUGGUGUUCCCUCAUUACUCUCUGGUGUCCAUUCACCGCCCUCUGGUGUCCCCUCAUCACCUUCUGGUGUCCCCUCAUUACUCUGUGGUGUCCCCUCAUCACUCCCUGGUAUCCCCUCAUUACUCCCUGGUGUCCCCUCACUGCCCUCUGAUGUCCCCUCAUCACUCCCUGGUGUCCCAUCACUCUCUGAUGUCCCCUCAUUACUCCCUGGUGUCCCCUCAUCACCCUCUGGUGUCCCCUCAUUACUCCCUGGUGUCUCCUCAUCACCCUCUGGUGUCCCCUCAUCACCCUCUGAUGUCCCCUCAUCACUCCCUGGUGUCCCCUCAUCACCCUCUGGUGUCUCCUCACCAACUUCUGGUGUCCCCUCACUGCCCUCUGAUGUCCCCUCAUUACUCUCUGGUGUCCCCUCACUGCCCUGAUGUCCCCU